GCCGGGCACCAGGCAGGCCAUGGUGAGCCCGAACCAGCCCAGCUGGCCCCGGACAAGUGACCCAGGAUCCCAGCCCACCCUCUGUCAUGAAAAUCCUUCCUUUGCUCCUUGUUCUCCUCUUGGUGGCAUUUCAGGGAGCUGCAGGGCUGUCCCCGGUUGGAGCAUCAGCCCAGGAGUGCGAGCGCCGCGGGGGAUUCUGCUCCCACCGCUCCUGCCCGCCGGGGAUCGGCCGCAUCGGCCUCUGCUCCGAGCGGGAAUUCUGCUGUCGGAUGCGCUGGUAUUCCUGAUGGGCUCCUGGAUCCCUGAGCAGGACACCAGCCCGUCGGGAUGAUGCUGCCCGGAGGCACCAAGCACAGCCAGACCUGGAUCCCAUGGGAAUCCCAUCCCCUAGUGUCCCCAAUACAAGCUGGAUGCAGGCAAAGAGGGGGAUUCUGCACUUAUGGGAGAUGCAACUUCCCUGCAAGACCCAUUGGAAGAUGCACACUGUAUAGUGUGUGCUGCAAGAGAUAAGUGUCUGGGGCUGAGACCCUGAAAUUCCCAAGCAGGACAUGACCCUCGCUUCUGGCUGCUGGACCCAUCUGCUGAUGUCCCC